AUGGAGAGCGAUCAGAACACUAUAGAAACCGAUGAGCUCAAACCUCAAAAGAGACUAUUUAGUUUCUUGCUCAAAAACAAAGUGGUUCCGGUUCCCGAGGAAUCAGAGCGUAAGAUCUAUCCUUUCCCCACUGCCAAUAUCUUCAGUAAGAUUUUCUUCUGGUGGUUGUUCCCGAUUUUGAAUGUCGGCUACAGAAGAACAUUGCAACCACAAGAUUUCUUUGUACUUCCUGAAGAAUAUAAAGUCGAUGCCUUUGUUGAGAAAUUUGAUGCAUGCUAUGAACGCGAACUUGAAUAUUCCCGGAAGAAACAUUUGCAACAGAAAUGCAAAGAAAGAGGUGAAACGUUGGAAACCUCAACUGUAGCUCCUGACAUUGAUCUUGAGGAUUAUGUCUUGUCCAAAUUCAGUUUAUUGUUCAUCAUAUGUGUGGCAUUCAAGAGGAAUUUACUCUUCUCGGCCUCAUUAUCUACAAUUACUGCAGCUAUAGUCUCUUGUACUCCUUUGAUUCUUAAAAAGUUAAUAGCGUAUUCGGAAAGCAAAUCAUUAGAUCCUUCCUUGAAUCCAGCAAAGGGUGUCGGGUACGCUUUUGGAGUAGUGAUCUUUCUGUUGGUUUCCGGCAUUACCAUGAACCAUUUCAAUUACCAAAGUUUGCUCAUGGCUGCGAAGGUCAAAUCUUCGUUGACUCAUGCUAUUACAAGAAAGUCUUUUAAGUUGAGCAACGCCUCGAAACACAAAUUCCCUGAUUCUAAGAUAACUUCUAUGGUUACAACAGAUCUUUCUAGAAUCGAACUUGCUUGUGCAUAUACUCCAUUUUUACUUUCUCUUCCUCUUGGAAUUGUAAUCAUUAUCACUAUUUUAGUCCUUAACAUUGGUGUUGCUGCUGUUGUUGGUGUUGUUGUCUUGCUUAUAUUUUUGGCAGCAGUUUCGUAUUCGACUUCCCAGUUGUACCGAUUCAGAACUGUUGUCAGCAAACUAACUGAUAUUAGAGUUGGUUUGGUUAAGGAACUUAUCACCAACUUGAAAAUCAUCAAGUUCUACUCAUGGGAAAUUCCAUAUUUAUCAAAUAUUGUCAAGAGUAGAUCCAAUGAAAUCCAAUACAUUUUGAAGAUUCAAAAAUUGAGAAACAUUAUUUAUGCUGUUGCCAUGUCUUUAACUGGUAUCACUGCCAUGAUUGCCUUCUUGGUAAUGUAUGGAAUUGAGGGAGCAACAAGAAACGCUAGUUCUAUUUUCUCGUCUGUUUCUUCGUUUGAAAUUUUAUCCUGGUGUAUGAAUUUCAUUCCAGCUUCUAUUUCUGUUACUGCUGACAUGCUUAUGGCGUUGAAGAGAAUUGGUUUAUUUUUGUCUGCUGAGGAAAUCCAGCCAAAAGACAACUACAUCACCAGAUGUGAAGCAAAGAACCCUUACGCUAUUCAAGUUACUGAUGCUGAUUUCAUGUGGGAGAGUUUUGAAGAUGAGGAUGAGCAGGAUAAUAAUAAAGAAGGUCAAGCAUCUUCUCCCGAUAUUGAAAUGGAAUCACUUGACGAUUCGAACAAACCGCUGACUUUCCAAGGUUUGAAGAAUAUUAAUCUUAGUAUCGCAAAAGGAGAAUUUGUUGUUAUCACUGGUUCAAUUGGUACUGGUAAGUCGUCUUUGUUAAGCGCAAUCGCCGGAAUCAUGAAUUGUGAAAGUGGCCUAGUCGAAAUCAAUGGAUCCUUGAUGCUUUGUGGUGCCCCAUGGGUUCAAAAUGCCACCAUCAAAGAAAAUAUCACAUUUGGUGCUGUAUACGAUCGUGAAUUAUAUGAUGAAGUUGUUUACGCCUGUUCUUUGCAACAGGAUUUGGAAAACUUGCCUGCUGGUGAUUUCACAGAGGUUGGAGAACGAGGCGUUACUUUAUCGGGGGGCCAAAAGGCUAGAAUCAAUUUGGCCAGAGCCGUCUACGCCAACAAGGAUAUUAUUCUAAUGGACGAUGUUUUGUCUGCUGUUGAUGCCAGAGUUGGAAAGCAUAUGGUGGAACAAUGCUUCUUGGGAAUUCUUAAAUCUAAAACAAGAUUGUUGGCUACUCAUCAAUUAUCUUUGAUUGGUUCUGCUGAUAGAAUUAUUUUCAUGAACGGUGAUGGUACUAUUGAAGUUGGUACUAUGGAACUGCUCUUGCGUACCAAUGAUGAUUUCAGGAAGUUGACAGCAUUCAGUGAGGCUGAAGAAACCAAGGUUGAAAAGUCUCCAAGCAAGAACGUGGAAGAGUUCGAUAUUGGUGAAGAAUUAAUUCCAAACUAUAAGAAGAUGACUGAUAAAAUCGAAGAUAUUGCGGAGAAUAAGGAUGCUUCCAAGGGUAAAUUAAUUGUUAAUGAAGAAAGAGCGGUCAACCGAUUAAAGGGAGAAAUUUAUUUGAAUUAUUUGAAAUUUGGAUCUGGAAGAGUAACUCCGUGGGGAUUUCUUUUGGUUUUUGGAACAUUGUUAAGUUUAUCCACAUUCUGUGAUAUUUUCAGUAACACCUGGUUGUCAUUCUGGAUCUCAAGAAAAUUUGAUAAGUCCGACGGGUUUUAUAUUGCCUUUUAUGUGUUAUUCAAUAUUCUUUGGGUGAUAUUAUUAACCACGCAAUUUAUUCUGUUGAUUACCAUGACUACGAAUUCUUCAAAAAAUUUGAACAUGAUGGCAGUGAAAAAGAUUAUGCAUGUUCCUAUGUCUUUCUUGGAUACAACACCAAUGGGAAGAAUUUUAAACAGGUUUACCAAGGAUACUGACGCUUUGGAUAACGAAAUCAGCGAGAAUUUGAGAUUAUUUACUGUAUCUUUUGCCAAACUUAUUGGAAUGGUUAUUCUCUUCUUGGUCUAUUUGCCAUGGAUUGCUCUUGCCUUGCCAGUAAUCGGCAUACUUUUCUUACUUGUCUGCAACUAUUACCAAGCCUCUUGUAGGGAAGUAAAGAGAUUGGAGGCGGUUCAGCGUUCUUUUGUGUUUGAUAAUUUAAGCGAGUCCUUGUCUGGUAUGACAACUAUCAAGACGCUCAAAUCGGAAGAAAGGUUUAUUAACAGAGGUAACCAGAGACUCAACACUCUUAAUGAAGCUAGUUUCUUGUUGAAUGCUCAUUUGAGGUGGUUGGCUAUCCAACUUGACCUGGUUACGCUUGUUUUGGUUUUGGCCAUUGCACUUCUAUGCGUAAAUGGUGUAUUCAAAUUAAGUCCUGCUACCGUCGGAUUACUUUUAACCUAUUCCCUUCAAGCAACUGGAGAAAUGUCGAAUUUCUUCAGAUUAUUUACACAAGUGGAAAAUGAAUUCAAUUCGGCAGAGAGAAUUUGUCACUAUGCAUUAAAAUUACCACAAGAAGCAGCCUAUGAACACGAAAACAAUGCUCCACAUAGGGAAUGGCCCCAAAAUGGAGAAAUCGAAUUUGAAAAUGUUUCCAUGGCUUACAGACCAGGGUUGCCCAUGGUUAUAAGAGAUUUGAGCUUCAAGGUAAAGUCAAGCGAGAAAAUUGGUAUUUGUGGUAGAACUGGUGCUGGUAAAUCGUCGAUUAUCACAGCCUUGUAUCGUUUGAGCGAACUUGAUCAAGGCCGUAUAAUUAUUGACGGUGUCGACAUUGCCAACAUUGGCUUGAGAGAUUUGCGUUCAAAGCUUUCAAUUAUUCCACAGGAUCCAGUUUUAUUCAAUGGCACUGUCAGAAAAAAUUUGGAUCCAUUUGAUGAACAUGACGAUGCAUACUUGUGGAAGACAUUGAAAAGAGCUGGUAUAUUUAGUGACGAAGAAAUAGCCCAAGCGGCAGAAUAUAACAAGGAAGAGAAUUCGGGAGCGGAAUUGUCCAAAUUUCACUUAUAUCAGAAUGUGGAGGACGACGGCGCAAAUUUCUCUUUGGGUGAGAGACAAUUACUCGCGUUUGCUAGAGCACUUGUUAGAGAUACUAAGAUUCUAAUUUUAGACGAAGCCACAUCAUCCGUGGAUUACGAGACGGAUAGCAAGAUCCAGAGCAUAAUCGCCAAGGAGUUUGCUGACUGUACGAUUUUGUGUAUUGCCCAUAGGUUGAAGACAAUUCUCAGCUACGAUAGAAUCCUUACCUUGGAUAAAGGCGAAAUUAAGGAAUUUGGUACGCCCGUGGAACUUUUUAACUCCGACGGAGGUAUAUUCAGGCAGAUGUGCGACAAGUCAAACAUCGGCAUUUCCGAUUUCGUCCUUUAG